UUGGUCGGUCUUGUAAAUUGCUCGUGGGGUGCUGGAACUAGUAGAACUAUUGGGAUUGAUCAGAAAAAUAUCUUAGUGAAGUCAACUAUCGACCUUAAUUGGACGGAAGAUCGUGUUGGAGAGAGAAAGCAACGUAACCACCCUACACCCGAUAAUACAAAGAAACCUGCAAGAAUGAGUCAUUGGGGCUAUGGAAAAGAUGAUGGUCCAAGCAAGUGGGCACAGGACUACGAAGCCGCUGGCGGCAAUAGACAGUCACCUAUAAAUAUAGUUAGGAGUCAAGCAAAGUUCGACCAGAAGCUAGCAGAUGCACCUCUCGUCACCAAGUAUUCUGCGGACAACGCCAAGUCACUUAGCAACAGUGGUCAUUCAUUUAUGGUGGACACAUCAGCAUCGAAGACCGAUACAUCAGGUUUCAAACCUAGACCAAAGCCAGGUGUGGAACCCAAUACCCUACAAGGAGGGCCCCUGGAGAAUUCCUACGAAAUGGCGCAGUGGCACGCCCAUUGGGGUGCAAAUAAUUGCAGGGGGUCGGAACACACAGUCGAUGGGAACUCUUUUGCAGCUGAGAUUCACCUGGUACACUGGAACAACAUCAAGUACAAGAGUUUUGGUGAGGCCGCUACAAAAGGAGACGGAUUAGCAGUAUUAGGUAUUUUUGUAAAGAUAGGAAAAGAACAUGCUGGAUUGAAACAAAUCACUGAUGAAAUGAAGAAAAUUCAUCACAGUGGCCAAAAUGUUGAUCUGGCUUCAGGAUUUGACCCAUCUGUAUUACUACCAAACAACACAGCUAAGUUUUGGACAUAUUUAGGAUCACUUACCACCCCACCAUGUUUAGAAUCUGUCAUAUGGAUUGUACUUGAAGAACCAAUAGAGAUUUCAGAAGGACAGGUGAAAGCGUUUAGAGAUCUUGUUUCUUAUGCGGAAGGUCAACAACAACCAAACGAUGAGUUCAAAGGGCAGAUUGAAGACAAUUUUAGGCCUCCACUACCUCUUGGGGACAGGCUUCUGAGGUCAAGUUUCCAAUAGACAGUUGAUACAUACAA